UCUUUCUUCUCCUUCCCCCAAAACGUGAACCGUGCAGAAAUAUCUAAAACCCUACUGCUCCGCUCUUGGGGAAAAUCCCUGAAUUUGUUCCCUUGAAUUCCCCAAAUUACCCUUCUAAAGAUGCAGAAUUUCCCUUAAUUGCCAUGUCCUCCGACGAAAUCACUCUCAACGUCUUCCAAGACGACCCGAUGCGGGCCUUUAAUUGCGGACCCGAUACAACCGGCCGACCCGGUUCAAAAACCCGAGAUCCAACUUCCUUCAUAGACGAUAAAAUGUUCUCCUUCCCUCCUUUGCAACCUCCCGAAUUCCGCUCCUCCAACAUCUACGCCGCCGCCGCUGCCGCCGCUGCUGCCUCCGCAGACCGUCGUAGCUCGCCGAAUCAUCACCAGAGGAAUUGGGGGAGUAGUCCCGGAGGUGGCUCCACUAACAGCGGUGACGAUGAAUUGGAUGGAGACGAUGUCGACGACGACGAGGAGGAAGACGAGGAUGAUGAUGAUGAUCCUAACGAAAAUAAUAUUAGUAACAAAAAUCAUAAUAUUAAUAUAAAUAAUCAUAUUAAUAAAAAUAAUAAUAGUGUAAACGAGACUGUAAAUAAUGCAGGAAGUGCAGAUCCCGAAAGAAUGGGAAACGGAAAAGCAAAGCAUUCCUUUGUGGGAGGGAAUGGCAGGGAACUGGUAGUGAAGGAAGGAGGAAAUGGUGUGGGGCAAGGGUUGAGAGAGAGUAAUAGUUAUCAAAAUGCGGUGACAAUUGCGGAUCCAGAUGGAGAUCUUUAUUACACACAGUAUUCGCAUGGUGGAGAAGGGUCUGCUUCUGUUGCAGGUGCUAAUGGACAGAAGGAUAUUAUUGUGGCAGAAAAUGGUGGUGGAUGUGGAUUUAGUGGAAGAAAAGAUGUUUCGUCUUUAAGCGAGUCCAGUGAUCCCUUGCGAGUCAUUUUCUCCGACCCCAUCACGGGAGCUCUUAUGGACGAUGCGAUGAUAUUACCUUGUGGACAUUCCUUCAGUGCUGCUGGAUUACAGCAUGUUCUUAGAAUGAAAGUUUGCUCCAUCUGUUCGCAAUCAGUUUCAGAGGCAUCGGUAGCUCCAAAUCUUUCUCUCCGAGCUGCAGUGCAGGCAUUUCGUCAAGAAGAAGAAUUACAGUUCUACCGCUCACCUAAAAGGAGGAGAGAUAAAUUUGACCAGGAUAAGAGUAGCUAUGGUGAUCCAAAUAUCAUGGAUCCUCCAAGAAAUAGAGGUGUUCAGUUUCCAUUUGCUGUAACGGAUCGGGUUAUCAUAAAGGGGAACAAGAGAACCCCACAACGUUUCGUAGGACGUGAGGCCGUUGUAACCAUGCAAUGCUUGAAUGGAUGGUAUGUGGUGAAGACAUUGGAUAAUGCAGAGAGUGUUAAAUUGCAGUAUCGCUCACUUGCCAAAGUUGCAGAUAAUACAGCCCCAAAGCCAAUUACAAGCAAGAUGGGACCAAACUGGUUAUAGACCUGUAAUUUAUAAAAUGGGGGCAGGUGAGUGACACUUUGUUGCUGGUGUCAGUAUCAGUGUGUGCCACGGUUAGUUCAAUAUUUGACCUAACUCGAAAUAUUUUAUUUUAUUUUUUGUACCAUUGUUAUAGUGUUUCAUGAAACAAGCCCCUUGUAAAUUACCUUGUCACGUAUUUUAAGCAUAAAAAUUACAUGCAAAGAGUUGAACGAGCAUGCUUAAUCAUUUUCGUUCUAUAUAAAUAUAUGUAUAUGUAUGUUCA